ACCUUUGCCUUUGAUUCGGUUUUUGAGUGAAAACUGGAGACUUUGAAGUGUCUGUGGCACAAACUGAGAUCUGCAGCUUUGAUAUCAUGGUCGAUCAGUUUGUUGGAACCUGGAAGCUCAGUGCCAGUGAUAACUUUGAUGACUACAUGAAGGCCAUUGGUGUCGGCUUUGCCACUCGUCAGAUGGGUAACAUGGCCAAACCUAACCUGGUGAUCAGUGAGGAUGAUGCUGGCUUCGUUUCAAUGAAGUCUCACAGUACUUUCAAAACAACAGAGAUAAAGUUCAAGCUGAAUGAGGAAUUUGACGAAACGACUGCAGAUGACCGGAAGACCAAGACAACAUUUAUCCUUGAAAAUGGCAAACUUGUGCAGAAGCAGAUGUGGGAUGGAAAGACAACCAUACUGGAACGAGAGAUUCGAGAUGGGAAACUGAUAGCGACGUGCACCAUGGAUGAUGUUGUUGCAGUGAGGACCUAUGAGAAAGCAUAAUUCUUGUGUCGCACUCUUCCAGUGUCGUGAUGACAAACUGAGAUCUUGCAAACGUGCGAGUACAAGAGUGCCGAUUGGUCUGUUUGCA